AUGCAAUUCUCAAUCGUCGCUUUAUUCGCCGCCACCGCCGCCAUCGUCAACGCUGAAAUCACCCAAACCGUUGAAUCAACCACCUUGGCCACCAUCACCGACUGUGGAUCUCACGCUUCAUCAUGUCCAGCUUCAACCAUUGCUGCUCAAUCUUCGUCUGCCGGUAACGGAACCGCUCCAUCAAACGGUACUGCUCCAGGUGUCUCCACUUUCGAAGCCGGUGCUGCUAAGCAAUACGCUGCUGGUGCCGUUGCUUUGGCUGCUGGUGCUUUAUUGGCUUUGUAA